AUGACAUUGGCUUUGAUAGGAUCUUACAAGGGGCCGGAACCGCGGGUGCUCGGGACCUCGGCGGAGGACAGCGCGGAGGCCGGUGACGCGGAAGAGGCGGAGGACGCGACCCCGCCAGAAGCACUGCCAGCUACAGAUGUCAAAGAAAAACCUGAACAACAGAUCAGGACAAAAGAGACUGAAAAGUUACGCAAGGGGACCGAACCCCAACAACAAAGUGCCUUAUUUGCUAGAGGAGGCAGAAAAACAGUCAAAAGUCCUCAAAGGUCAUCAACAAAAAUAAAAGAAAAGCAUCCAUUUGCUCUUUAUGGGUGGGGAGAAAAACAGACUAAUACAGGAAGCCAAAAAACUCACAAUGUCUGUGCUUCUGCCCCAGUGCAUGAGAUUCACGAAUCAGCAUUACGGGCCAAGAACAGAAGACAGGUAGAAAAAAGGAGACUGGUAACCCACAGGCAGCGUGCCCACUCUGUGGAUGUGGAGAAGAACAGAAAGGCAAAGGCUUCCUCUUCAGAGAACCCGUGGAUGACUGAGUACAUGAGAUGCUACUCAGCAAGAGCUUAGAGGAAGAAGCGGUUGCUUGGACAGCUUUUUUUUAAGAAAGUAUAAAUGAAAGGGAAACAAAACCAUCAAAAGAAACUGGACACAGGCUAAGAAACCAGCUGAUGAGCCAAGGUUUUUCUUAGGGAAUUUGCAGAAGAUUGCUCUAUUUUGAUGAAUCCUGGUCACCUACCUCAGCAGUAGGGCGACGGUUGAAGCCAUAGACAUUUGGAUAUUUAUGAAGAUAAUUCCCUAAAUCUUUGAUAAUCUUACAAAGGAUUUUGUUUUAAAGCAUCUUAAUCUUUUAAGAUACUGACACCAAAUGCCUUUAAAUGGCUAGAGAUGCUUGACUUUCAGUAUUCUUUUCUUAAGUUCAGGCGGAGCCCGUUCUCAUCCUGUUCUGAAAACCUCUUCAGCGUCCAUCCCAGAAGCUCCUUCCCCCUUGCAACAUAAGACUCUUUUUCUCAUGUUUAGUUUUCUUUGUGGAAGAAUAUCAAGUCAAAAGUGAGUUUUACACCAAUAUUUUAUGUGUAGUGAAACUAGAACUUUGGUAGUCCUUGAAAAACUAAGUUGUUUUUCAGUUCAGCACUUCAUUUCAACUGUGAAUUUAAGAAUUAUUUGUGCUGGGUGAGGGUUAUCGUCUCUCUUGAAAUGAUCAUCUGGGCACUUAUCACUUAAUAGUUCCAUAGUUCCAAUGCAUUCCAGUAGCUGAAGUGCUAGUGCAGUGUGUCAGACAGUCCUGAUGUUUUUUUGGAGUUCAGUACGGCCACUUUCUAUUACAAGAUUGUCUUUAGAACCCAGUGGACUGGUCGCUAGGUUGUAGCCUUUGGGUGAGUAUGUCUGGUGGCCUUCUGCCUCUCCUGACCUGACUAAAUUUCAUUUAAUAAAUUGAGAUUGUCUUGCUCAUUGCGGGGUAGGAGGCAAAUAUUAAGGUACCCAUUAGAGAUGUAACUCCACUUUCUUCAGCACUCACUAAUUACAAAGCCCGAUGACGUACAUUCGUCAGAUUUCUGGUGGAAAUCUGGCACUCCCGGACUCCUAGCCAGGAGGUCUUUAUUGAACUUAGUGUAAGAGAAUGAUGGUUUGUGUGCAGACACAAAUGGUUAAGUGUGCAAAUGGCAUGCUCUCUCCCUCUUCAGUGGACUUGCUUUAGGGGUAGAGAGUGGCUUUAAAAAUCACUGGUUUCCUAAAGAACAAAAACUGGUAUCUGCGGGAUGCAUGAGUGAGCCUUUCUUUGUAAAAGAGGCACUUUGCCAGUUUAGCACCUGGAGACAUGUGAAUGAGAAUUUGGUGUUGGGUCUGAGGAUGAACACUUCCUUGAUAUUUGUAUUCUGGGUCAUUGAAGUAUUAUGGUCUGUUUUUAGAACACAGAUUGUUUUAUUCCACAUAAAAUCUUCAUAUAGUAUCAUACAACUGCUUUAAACUAUGUAAACUCAUCCUGAAGAAAUGAGCUUUUAAAAAGGAACUUUUUAAAAACCUGCAUUGCUUUGAGGUGAACUGAGCUGUCCUGAUCUCUGAAAUGUAUAUUCAAUAAGGGGAAGUUCUAUAACUUGUCCAAAGUAACCUUGCUAGGGAUCUGAUGAAUUUCAUUGUUAGUAAAUGCCUUAAACAUUGCAGGUAUCUAAAGGUCAAAUUAAUGUGGCCAUUGUGAUGGUGUCAUUGACUACUGUGAAAAUUGUUCCUUGCAAAACACUUCUCACAUAUGAAGAUUUAGCCAUCAGUUCAGGUGUUCAUGUUGCAGCUGACAAUCUUAGGGAAGACAGCCUUGGGGGGGGUAGUGUUGGCCCCCGCUGAUGGACUGCCUUAGAAACUCAGUUUCCUCCAGACUCUGCACAAGCCAGACUCUCUCCUUUCAAAAACAUUUCACAUUUAAUGCGCUUACUGCUGAAAACUCGAAAGGAGAUCAAAUCUAGAAGGCAAUAUUGGCCAUUCCUCCCGCCCUUUUAGUAGUUGACAAAUAAGAUUUUUAAAGUGCUUUUACUGUGCAUGAAUAAUGAAUAAAUACAUUGUGAGCCCUCUCCUAUGACCCAGUCUAUUUGGUUAGGGUUUCUUAUUUUUUAGGGGUGAAAAUAACCUUUUGAGCCUAUACAGUUUUUAAAUUUGUAAGAAUUUGAUGGUCCUACUCUUUCUCAUUUUAGAAAUGAAUGUGUUUGUAAUAAUGUUACUAAUUCUUGGACAACUUGCAAGACAGUGAGAGAGUUUAAAAUUACCUUCAGUGUCGAAAAGUUUGAAACCUCCAGACUUUGGUGAUUAUUUAAAAUAUAGAAUAAAAUCAUUGCUAUAUCAGAGUCUCUUUUUAAAAUUUUUGGUUUUAAAUUCUUAAUUAAAACAAUUUGCUGCAAACAUGCUGUUUUCUUUGUCACUUUUAU